CACCAACAACAUCCUCUCGUCAGAAUGUCCUCUCCGACCCAGUGAAUGCGUCGCGCCAUGUACGACACAUCAUGAACGGCACCACCAAGCCCACGCCCACGGCGCUCCGCCGAUGGAGCUGUCAAGAUCGCCCAUUGCCCUCGGUGCCCGAGAUCAAACACAUCCACGUCUACGAUUUUGACAACACAUUGUUCUCCUCUCCUCUCCCCUCGAAGCAGCUCUGGUCUAACAGCACCUACGGCCAAUUGCAAGGGCAAGAUUUCCUGUACAAUGGUGGAUGGUGGCAUAACCCCGCCAUCUUGUCUGCCGUCGGCGAGGGCAUAGACGUUGAAGAGCCUCGGGCGUGGUCGGGCUGCUGGAACGAGACCAUCGUCGAUCUUGUGCGGCUGUCGAUGCAGGAUCAGUCAACGCUGACCAUCCUGUUGACCGGCAGAGGAGAAGAUGGAUUCGCCGACUUGCUAGGGAGAAUGGUGAAGAGCAAGGGUCUGGUGUUCGACAUGGUCUGCUUGAAACCCAAAGUCAGUCCGAACGGAGAGACGUUUGGGAGUACGAUGCUCUUCAAACAAGCCCUGCUGCGAGAUAUCGUCCUCACAUACUCCCUCGCCGAGGAGAUACGAGUGUACGAAGAUCGCCCAAAGCACACCAAAGCCUUCCGCGACUUCUUCGCCGACCUCAACAGAAUCUUCCUCACCCCAACUCACCACCCAGCUCCUCGACCGCCCAUCCUUGCCGAAGUCAUUCAGGUUACCGAACAAGAAACACGCAUGGAUCCCGUGGCCGAAGUGGCCGAAAUUCAACGCAUGGUUAAUACCCACAACUCUCAUCGCCUAUCCAAUCCUUCCCUCGGCCUCAUCCCGUACAAAGUCAAGCGCACCGUCUUCUACACAGGCUACAUUAUCUCUCCCCCGGACAUCGAAAAGCUCAAAACCCUCGUUCAACUACCUUCGCAUGUCCGCGAUCACGACAUCAAAUACCUCGCCAAUAACGUCCUCAUCACUCCACGUCCCGCGCCCGCAAGUAUUUUGUCCAAGAUUGGCGGCACGGGCAGCAAACAGCGCUUUCGCAUUACAGGCAUCGCCAAUCUCGAACAACGCAUCUGGGCUGCUCGCGUUGCUCCCGUCCCCGAAACCUCGCAAAUUUACACCGAAAAUCCCGUUCCAUGCAUCGUCCUCGCCACCCGCAGGCAGACGAAACCCAUCGAGGCCAACCGGAUACAAAACUGGCAGCCAGUGAGUCCCGAAUGGGCGAGUUGGGAAUUCGAGACAGUCGUUGGGGAGAAGGUGUUGCUGAGAAUCGAAGAAGAGAUCAAAGGCGAGGAUGAGUGGGAGGCCAACUUUGCCAACCAGCAGAACUCCCUGGCUUCUACGGGCCGCAAGCAUCCUCGAGAAGAGGAGUGGCCUAGUUUGCCUGCCAGCAACAAGAUGCAGAAUACGCGACCGCAGGGCAGAACCUGGCGCGAGAGGAAUGCAGCUGGCGGCGGGAACCAGAUUGGCUCUGCUGCACAGCGUGGCGGAGCUCGGAAUACGGGCCAGCGGGGUGGAGGGCAGACCGGUGGGUUUAGAGGAAGGGGUGGGAGGGGUGGUGGAGGAGGAGGAGGAGGAGGAGGAGGAGGCGGUAUGCAGCGCGGACGAGGCAGAGGCGGAUACCGCAGCCUCGACGACAAUGUCGGCCAGGGCUAUGGAGGAGGAAGCAUGCAGUAUUAAUAUCGCUGCUGGCCUGUCUGAUGUGCUUUCGUGAUGGAGCAUUAUCGCGAUGGCAUGCUUGAUAUCUGUUGCACGUCGCGCAAGACGUGACAGCUUUAGCGAGGAGUUGGGGCGAGGUGUGACGAAAUGAUCAUUGUAAUGGACAAUCAAGCACUCUCUGGUUUCACCACGGACUUUUAUCUGUAAAUGCAUGCCGUGAUCAAUAGCUGCGAGUCGUUUUAAAAAAAAAAACCAC